AGGCCGUGACGUAAUGCUCCGCAACUUUUACUGUCGAUAUGUGCAGCGUGCGUGUGUUUGUGCGUGUACGUGGAUACGGUUCAGAGCCGAGUCGUGCGCGAAUACGUGCACAGCGAUAGUGUCACUGUAGCUUCAUGCGCGCGUGUCCUCCAUUGAUGUUGUUUUGACUCUGGUGACGUAACGUGACGCGCCUCCACCAUGAGAUAAGCACAUCUAUUGCGUGCGUGCGUGUGCGUGUGUUCGUGUUCCACUCAGGGGGAUUUCUUGGUGGCGCACUAAAGAUUUUCUAGAAAACACACACGCACACUGUGAUACACGCACGCACACACACACACACACACACACACACACACACAGGACCUCACCACGUGCUGGUUGUGACAUGUUAUUUAAACAGCUGAUCUGAAGUGAUGAACACGUGAAGAAGUCCUGACUUCACAUGUGACUUUAUUCAAAGUUCUUAACAGAUAAUAAUGAGAACAUGAGAACAUGGAACAGACCAAAGCAGCAGGUGGUGAGAUGACGUGAAACAUCAGAGACAAUCGGGAUCCUGACAUCAAAGUUAUUUUCAGAUAACAUCUGUUCUUUUUAAUGAGGAUGAUGAAGGUUGUUGGUUUGAAUCCAGGGUCAGUCGUGGUCUUUCUCCUUCCUCCAGCACCUCAUCUACUGUUCUGUGUCCUGUUUUACACUGGGACUGACUCCCCCCUAACCCUGAGUGGAUGGACUACUCUCUGGUCCCAGUCUGACCUGGGACCUGUUCCCUUCUCGCUCUCUUCAGUGACUGUAACAGCAGAACUGAGCCCGAACUCCGACUGAUCAAACUUGUGAAUGAGUUUUUUCAGUUCCACAUUCAGCCCACAAUCUAUUUUUAAAGCAGAGGAACCGAACUUCAUGAGCUCCGUCAGAGUGGAGAGGGGACGGGGUUGAACCUGUUCAGAGCCGUGAUCCAGAUGCACGUGGGUCAGAGGUGAUUUCAUCGCGUCACCGUUUGCCACCAGAACAUCACAGACACAUCUAAGGCAGCGACUCUGCAGCGAUGAUCUAACUCUCUGGGAUGAAGGAUACGCAGACCGACCUUUGACCCCUCAUGGAAUAAAAAUGGCACUUUGGCUGAGACAGGGGAGAAAGCGAGUCAUCUCACUCUCUGGGAAUUCUGGGAAUUUAAUAAACUUGUUUGGCUGAAGCAGGACUGGAUGAGCCUGGUGUUUUCCUUAUUUCGUCGAGGCUGACGUUGUUCAGUGAAGAUGGAAUAAAGUCAGAAAUGUUCCUGAAGAAAAAGUGAUCUCAGAAUAAAGUUUGGAGGAGGAUGGAGCAGGAUUUUACACAGUAGAAGUAAAAGAGGAGUUUGCACUAACCUGGACUAACGUUAGCCAGUGUGGGUGAACAUUGAAACUCUUUAACACGCAGUUAAAUCACAGAUCAACUGUGGAACUUUCAGCCUGGAACCACAAACCUUCCAUCACUCAUCGUUUGUGAAAGUUAGAAAGUGGAGUUUCCCUUUAUCUGUCUGUCAAAACAAGUUGAAACAUGGCCGCCACCGGGAGGAAACACUUUGUGAGAGACUUUAAUCAUUUCAUCACGUGUUACCUGUGUCGAGGUUACCUGAUCAAACCCACCACCGUCACCGAGUGCCUGCACACCUUUUGUAAGAGCUGCAUCGUUCAGCACUUUGAGGACAGUAAUGAUUGUCCCAGAUGUGGCAUCCAGGUCCACGAGACCAACCCCCUGGAGAUGCUCAGGUUGGACAACACCCUGGAGGAGAUCAUCUUCAAGCUGGUGCCCGGACUCAGAGAAAAAGAGGAGCAGCGAGAAUUGGAGUUCUGGAGGAGGAACCAGAAAGAAAACGGUCAAGAAGCCCUGAGGCGUCAGAGGUUCGGGCUUCCUGAUGUCGGAGGUGACGAUGGUGAUGCUGGUGGUGAAGACGAUGAUGGCGGCGAUGAAGACUACCACAGGAGUGACCCUCAGAUCGCCAUCUGUCUGGACUGUCUGCGAAACACGGGACCGUCUGGAGAGAGCUCGGUCUCGGAUCUGAUGAAGAGGUUCAUCCGCUGCUCCAGUCGCGUUACCGUGGGAACCAUUAAGAAGUUUCUCAGUCUGAAGCUGAAGCUGCCGAGUUCUUAUGAGCUGGACGUUCUGUGUAACGGGGAGAUCAUGGGCAGAGACCACACUCUGGAGUUCAUCUACAUGACGCGAUGGAGGCUGCACGGAGAGAACACGUAUCCCAUGGUUCUUGAGUACCGGCCACGAAUCGACUUCGGCUGAACCACGGCUGCAAGAGGAGGAGCACACACACACACACACACACACACACACACACACACACACACACACACACACACACACACACACACACACACACACACA